GUCAUCGUCUUUGUAUGACAGAGGCUGUGGCAGAUUCAUCUUCAUCUUUCAUUCAGCAUUUCCAUAGUUUUAUUUCUUCAGUGUGGUAGUACCAUGAAAAGUGGAGGAAGGGCAAAGGAGCCACCUGUUGCAGGGGAGAUCACUGGCAAACGACCCAAACGCAAAUGCCUGCAGUGGCACCCUCUUCUCUCCAAAAAGGCACUAGACUUUUCUGAGGAGGAAGAAGAGGAGGAUGAGGAGGAUCUGGAGGAUCUGGAGAAGCAGCCAGUGCUGUGCAGUAAGGACCAGGUGCAGAGUGGAAGCACAACAGAAGAAACGGAGGAAGACUCCAGUGAACAGCGGGCACGCCGGCCAAUGAAUGCCUUCCUCCUAUUCUGUAAACGCCACCGUUCCCUGGUUCGACAGGAACACCCUCGUCUUGACAAUCGGGGGGCCACGAAAAUCCUGGCUGACUGGUGGGCUGUGUUGGAGCCCAAAGAGAAACAGAAAUACACGGACAUGGCAAAGGAGUACAAGGAUGCCUUUAUGAAGGCAAACCCAGGCUACAAAUGGUGUCCCACCACAAGUAAACCAGUGAAGACCUCUUCGUGUCAGCCAGUCGGCAGUCCUCGCAAAAAAAUUUGGUCCUUAUCGUGCAACUCGCCCAAGGAUUCCACUGCCAAAAAAGUGCCCAAAAGUGAGAGUUUGCCCCAGUUAAACUUUGCCAUGGCAGACCCUACAAAGAUGGGAGGCCUGAGUAUGCUGCUCUUAGCUGGUGAACAAGCCCUCACCAACAGAGAGAUUCCUUCAAGCACUAAACCUAGUUUACCUGACAAGGUGGAUGAAGAAAGCUCAUGUCCAGAGGAAAAAGAGGAGAUACCGUCUCAGAUUAUUCCAAACAGAGUGCCUGAUGUUCCUGCAAGCAGGGUAAAGUCAACCCUUUCUGCAGUGGAGGAGUCUUUGCUGUCAGUGGCCCCUGAGGGAAAACCAUGUGGACAGUCUGCUCUCUUCCAGCUUGCUGAGAUGUGUUUAGCAUCUGAAGCUGGAAAAAUGGACUCCGCGGUAACUCAGCCAGAUGACAGCUCUUUCUCAGCCUCGCUACAGCAAAUACCCACGAAGCCAGAGAUUAAAGAGGAGAUAGUCGACACUGACCACUCUUCUCCUUCAAAACACACAUCAGCACUUUGUCCUUCUCUUUCCUGUGUCACCUCUACCUCCACUGAUGCCAUUCCACCACAGAACAGCUGCCAAAGUGCACGUGUCAAAAAGAAGAAUAAGAAGACCGAGGAGGCCGAGUCAAAUGACAAUAAUGAGAUCCCAUCCUCCACAAAGAUCAGCAAAACGUGCGACCACUUGGUGUCAAAUAUCGACUGUGUCUUCAGUACAAUAGAGGCGGUGGCCAGAGGAGCCUGGAUGGACACAGAAGACAAACCCAGCAAGAAGAUUUGCACCAGUCUUACAAGUGGAAAAUCUAGUCUGCUAAGAAAGAAAACUAACACCAAAGAUAAGACCUUUAUUAAAAAGAAAGACGAGAAGCUGGAAGACAGCAGUGGACUGAAUGGGUCUUUUAAUGUGGAGAUGAAAGGAGUGUCUGACAUUAACCCCAAGACAGAGACAGAAGCAGCAAAUAUGGAAAGCACAGACCUCCAGGCCAAUGUGGUCAAACUUCCUCAUUCCCACUACAGCCACUCACUUGCCAAGGAAGAGGACAAUGAAAAGAACAAGGAGAGGCCAAGUGAUGCAGCCGACAAAGUGAACACUGAGAACUGUGGCUCCAGGAAGUCAGAGCGCAGCUGUAAAGGUGCCUUGUAUAAAACGCUUGUGUCUGAGGGAAUGCUGACUUCACUGAGAGCAAAUAUUGAUCGAGGUAAAAGAGGAACUUUUCGUACGUUUGACCAUGAUACUAACUGGACUCAUGACAGCUGUGCAGUUGCACAGAUCGGACCUAAUAAUCCCAAGAAGCUGAAAAAGUCCAAGUCCAAAGACGAGUCUUCACAGUGCCUGGGGAAGUUGGAGGAGGAGUUUGAGCGAAAAUUUAACAGCCUGCCACAGUAUAGUCCAUUGACCUUUGAUAAAAAGGCCACAACUGUUGCUAAGAAAAAGAAGCCUGAAAACUCCACCAACCAAGAAGACGCAGCCAAAUCUGCAAAAGGAGAGCUGUCGAACAAAGAGGCACAGAUAGACUCCACAUCACUGGAUUCAGCUCCAAAAGCCAGACCAUGUGCUCCUGUGGCCCUGAUGAUUCCAGAUGUCCAAGGAACCACUUGUAUGGAGUCGCUGGUUGGGAGCCAGAAGAGGAAGGCUAGAAAGACCAAGAUCACACACUUAGUGCGUACUGCUGAUGGCAGUGUGUCUCCAGCUGAAGGGGGAGCUACAGAGGAUAAAACUAGGGACCCUAACCAGGAACAGGAUAAAAAGCCAUUAACCCAACACAAUUUAUGCAAUGAAACAAGGUGCUACAGUGAUAGUCAUAGUCCUGGAGCAGAGAACUCUGGGAGGAGCACCGUAGCACAAGAGCUACCUGCUUUCUUCAGCUUGACUGCGCUUGCCGAGGUGGCAGCCAUGGAAAACGUUCACAGAGACCAGAGAGCCUUGGCUCAGAGUCAGAAGAAAGAGCUUACCCAGACUCCAGUCCUCAUCUCCUGCGCUGAUCAGUGAAACGCUGCUGUUGCUCUGAUGAGAAGAUGACUCAAACGGUGAUGUUGGAGCUUUACUUUCCUCAGAAGUCACUUGAUCAGGAGGGCUUGGACAGACUCCCACUUGGUUCUGUGGGGUAAAAUCCAGAACCCUGUCCCUCUGCCUGUUGCUGUCUCAGUGUUUUAGCCUUCCUUUGGUCUCAGGAAGGAUGCCUUUCUCAAGGAAGAGUUUUGUGUCUUUGAACUGAGGUUGUAUGGGGUACUUCUCCACAGUAAGUGAAUUACAGGUGGUGCGUUUGGUUCAGUUUUUGCAGAGUAGACAUGAGAACUGGCACAGAAGCAAAGGAAUGAGUACUAAUGUCAAUCAUGUCAAACUACCAACAAGAACUAAAGCUCUUAAAUCACCUCUAAGGCACCAGACUUACUGUAUUUGACAAAACAGUCAAUUAUGAACACAGGAGCUGCUGUUCUACAGUUGAUUCAGUCAGAUGUUGUGUAUUAGAUUUUAAAAAGCCUUAGUUUUACUGUGGUAGAUCAGCUGCUCCACUGUUCUGUAGGGUCAAUCAUGGCUUUUGUCAACAGUCUUAUAGCUUUUCAGGUGGCCAUGUUACUGCAUCUGCUGUACUUAGAUUGUUACUUCCUCUUAAAGGGAAACAUUGUGUUUUUAAAAGUGUGUGUUUGAGGUACCUAUGAGCAGUCAGAGUCUUACCUGUGGGAGACAGCAGCCACAGCAAUCUCAGGUUGUAGAAUCAGGGAGGAUUGGAACAGAGAGACCAGUUAAAGGCUCCUUAAAACAGGGGAGUGAGUUUGGAUAGUAGAACAUCUGAGGUAAACUUGUGUCACUUUGGAAGUGUAUGUUCUUGCAAAUUGAUCAACAAUUUGUGACACACAGAUCACGUCUCCAAAGCGGUCGGUCCAUGUAGCUGCUGAAUGGAAAAAAAUGGUGUAAAUUGAACAAUUUGGGAUAUUUCAGCUGUUUUAAAUAGUGCAAAAUUAGCACAGAUUUAAAGUGCCUGUGACAUGCAUAUUCUUCAAWUACA